AAGCUUUCAAAAAUUAUAUGGGUUCUUACAUGGGAUACUGCUGGCAAUCCUCGUAAAUGAAUCGUGUAACUUUUUAUUUUUCACUGAAAAUCCAUGAUGUAUUCCGUCGCGUUUAUGAUAACAGCCAGUGCUGAUAAAUCGGUUGCAACUAGUUUAUCUAUUGCCGUGGUCCCAGCCUAAGUUUCCCUUCUGGUUAUUCUUUGUCACCGGUCGCCACCGGCCACACAUGACACGCCACAGACUAUAUAGGUACAUGUCUUAGUAUUCUACCGAGUGUUUUUAAAACUGGUCUCUGUAUCCUAAAGUCCAAGUUUUAAAUAAAAUACAAGCGAUCAUGACGUUUUACAAGUACGUCAGCAAGUACAUUGUGUACGUGUAUAGUUUGAUAUAUCUGAUUUCGGCCUUAUGCUUCAUAGGUUUUGGCGUCUUCAUGAACCAUAAGAAUAGCUGGUCCGGCGAUAUCGAUGAGGAUCUGAACACGGCGUCUGAAACAUUAAUUGUCGUCGGGCUGUUUUUGCUCGCUAUAGCUGUUAUAGGAGUGUGCGGUGUUUUCAACGAUAGCACGCGCCUCUUGUCUAUAUUUUCCACAUUGCUCGCGGUCGUCGUAGUCGCAAUGUUUGUUUUGUCCGGAACCGCUUAUGUGAAGCGCAAAGAAAUCGAAGAGUAUGGCUUUAAAGUGAUGAACCAGUCAAUGACCAAGUAUAAUCAGACUGGCGAAGACUUCUGGACUAUGGCUUGGGAUUACAUGCAACCAGACAGACGGUGUUGUGGACUUAAUAAACCCCAGGAUUGGUACAUAGUGAACCCUAGUAAACAAUUACCGUUAUCAUGUUGCUAUGUAUUCCGGAAUGGCCCAAACUCAUGUGUACCAUAUGACGCGUGGGCUACUGGCUGCUUUAUAUCAGUGCGCUCUGAUAUUAGACAAAGUAGAGACGAUAUUAUUUGGACCGGAGUUAAAUUUGCCACAGUUCAAUUUUUGGUCAUUUUGUUUGCAUGCUACCGUCGGCAUACAUUAAUAAACAAGUAUAAAAAACUCUGAAGAGCGGUAAAACCAUAUAUUUUUAUUUCUAACACACAAUAAUUGUAUUGAAUUUAAUUAAUCACAAUAUAAUAAUCCAAAUGUGUUACAAUUACUAUAUUACCAUUUAUAAUUUUAAACUACAAGUUAGUAUUAGUUGUUGGUUUGUUUCUUGUUUUUAUUACGUGAUACAUUUUAACACUGUUGCUUACCCAAGUGUCGAAUUACCAUCUAUACUUGUUGAACUAAAAGAAAAAAUCUUUAGUUUGUCAAAACAUAUCUUGUUAUGAAUUGUAUAUAAUAUAUUUUAUAUUUUAUUGUUAC